UUCGUGCACUUGGACAAAUUUCAACAUGGCGCGCUUGCGUUUUCCAGGACGACCUGGCCAAAGAUACGGUCGAUCUCUUAUUCGUUUCAUGCCCCAUGAAGCUCAAAAUUCGCAGAUUCUUUUUUUCAAUCUCACAGCCAACAUCCAGAGAAAUUUGAAGUGGUUUUACGACACGUUCGGCGAUUCAGACGAGGAGGAAGACUUUGAUGGUUUCACCUUGGACGAUGGCGAGCUUCAAGCGUACCAGCUUCUGCAGGAGGAGGAUGUCCUGGAACGACAGAGCCGGGAACAUGAUCAAAGGACAGCUAGACAGUCCUUCUUGCAGUCUCAGCGAGUGCAGGGUUCGGGCCGGAACAUCCGCAAUGUCAUCCGCCGAUCCUACGCCGCCAUGCUCCGCGGUGAGGAGGACUUAUCCCCCAAGUUGUACAGGCUGAAGAGACCGGAAGAGUUGGUGGGCUAUGGGAUCAAGCAUGUCCACCCAAAGGGGCAACUUCUCGAGGGGACGUCCGCAACGUCGUCCGAAUCGACUUCCCCAUCAAAGGUCACGAGCAUCAAGAUCAAACUGUUGCCGGACGGGAAACAAGCCAAGAUUGUGCGCCGCCGCCGGCCUCCGACGGCCUUGAAUCUGGACUUCAUUCGGCCCUACAAGGGCAGUGGGCUGAAGGGCAAGCCUCUGACCAAGCAGGAGAAGAGGGCCAAGGCGAUGCAGGAGAAGUUCCUGCGGGACGCAAAGGCCCGGGAGAGGGCGCGCAAGCGGAAGGAGCGCGAGAAGCUGCAGAGACAGGAGAAGGCCCGGCGGGAGAGGCUGAAGCGGGAGAAGGCCAAGGAGAAGAGGCGGCAGAAGAGGAUGCGGGAGAAGGAGAAGAAAGAGAGACUGCAAGAGAAGAAGAGAGCCCGGGCUCUCGCCAAAAAGGAGAAGCAGCUGGCAAAGAGGAACAGGGGCCCGACCUCUCAACAGAAGCCGAAUAUCACCUCUGUCAAGGUGGAACCUUCGGAGCUGCCAGCAAAGACAAAGAUAUCGGUGCCGGCAAAGCGAGUCCGCGCCAAGAAGACUGAGAUCGUGGCAGCGCGACAGAUCCUGGCCCGUGCCAAGGGGCAGCAGAAGAAGGUAGCCCUGGAAGCAAAUUUGACCCCUGCCAGUAAGAGGACAAUCAAGAAGUCACGCAUGCUAGCUGACAUGGUCGCCAACGUCAAUUUUCUGCAGCGGACAGGCAGCCCGUCUCCGCCCGGCACACCGCUCCUCUCACCUAAGAUACCUGCAACAGGGAAAGCUUCACCAAAAACUGUUGUUGUAGAGAGGAAAGAUAAAAAGAACACAAGUACCAGUGUCAAACACAAAAAAGUCAGGCAUGCAAUGCCAGUAAAGCCCAGGCUUAUAAAGGAAGAAAAGUUCAAGGAACAAGUUGCAAGCUCACUUUCCCCUCAGCUUUCAGAUCUGGACAGUGACAGUGUAAUGUCGAGUCCGCCGUCAGCAACAAAAAUUGCAGGUUCGUUUAUUCUUCCAUCCAUCAGUGCACGCUCCUCUCGCAUUAUCAAGCCAUGUAAGCGGUACGUCGAAAACGAUGAUGCACCAGCCGCCAAGAUGACUUCCCUCCCGUCCAAGCCAUCGUCGGCAAGCUCGCCAAAAGCUUUAUCCUUGCCUGAGGAAGAACCGGAGGAGAACUCAUCAUUUGCAGACUUGUCCAGCGAUGAAGACCGUGACUACCGGCCCGGCAGCGGCGUCCCGAAACCAUUUUGUUACAAGCACAAGCGAAGUCGGAAGAAGUUGGGCUUGACCUCAAAACAAACCCUGAAACAGACGGUGGUUGAGAGAAGUAAACAGAACGCCCAGAACAAACUGUUGCAGAGGUACAAGAGAGCCAUCCUGGGUCCGAAAGGCCAAGAACAGACUGUCAGUCGAAGCGUGGAAGCCCUUGUGACGACUUCAUGUAUGGCCCCAAAACUCAGUUUAAAGAAAUCCUCAAAGAGGGAAAAUGCCACGCCUGGCAAGAGAAAUUCUCAGGGGUCCCGUAAAAAACCCGACGCAGAGGCCGAGAAGAAACCGCUGCUGGCCACGCCCAUUCUGCAAGAGGUCAAGGGGAGCCACCGUGCCCACCUGCAGAAGCUGGCAAAGGACAAGAAGCCGAGCCCACUCUCGUCGGAGGUGAAGACGCCGCAGCACUCCCGACCGGCCAUGGGAGGGGACAGGGGCACUCACCUGGAUGCUGUAUCCAAGCAAAUGGUGGAGGCCAUGGAGGCUGACAUGUCACCAGAGCAGACAGCAGACAAGCCAGCCAAGAUGCCCGGAAUGGAUGCCCAAGUCGCCCCUGCAGUCAUCACCUCCCAUGGGCCAAGAAUCAAACACGUGUGCAGGCGGGCCUCAGUAGCCUUGGGGUUAGAGGUCGCUACCUUUCCCGAUCCUGCCUCUGCUGCCGAGCGCACACUCAGCGCUCUACCCCAGGAGGAUAGGGGCCAAGUGGAAGAGCCGAUCAAGAUUGAGACACAGCUCGAGGGGGACGAAGCAGAGUCCCCCAGCAAGUACAGCCGUAAGAACCGGGGUGCCAACUACAAGAAGAUACGACAGGAGCUCCUGGGCCUGGAGGACGACCAGCCGCAGCAGCAGGGGAGAAAGAAGGGGGCGUCCGGAGGGAACCUGCCCUGGAGACACGACCAGAAGUUCCGGGUGGCCCCUUUCAAGGGGCUGAAGGUGGGCUCUGCCAAGAGGCGACGGUGCGGCAAGUGCGGGCCCUGCCAGCGUAAGGACGACUGCGGAGAGUGCGAAUUCUGCCUAGACAAGACAAAGUUUGGAGGCCCCAACACCAAGCGGCAGGCCUGUAUACACCGGAAAUGCUGGAACCCUCAGUACAAAAGUACAGUGCUACAAGAAGUCCGUGAAGGUAUUAGAGAGCAGGUUCCCGUACCUGACGCGGUGAGGCGGUUCUACCAGUCGUCGGACAAGCAGGUAGGGGUCCAGGGAGCGGGCCCCCAGUCACGGACCAACCUGCACAGGACGUCGCCGUUCAAGCAGCGGUCGCGCCUGGGCAAGCCCAAGGCGAGGAUCAAGCUGCCCACCCGACAUGACGCCAUCAAGGUCUUCUCGUCCAGCAGGCCCAUGAGCCGGGCCGAGCGCAUGCAGCUGGAAAAGGAGAAGGCAAAGCUGCGCAAGUUGGAGGCCAACCGGACCAGCUCUUCCAGCCUGACUGUGGCCAAAUUGAAGGCUAAACCCCAGAUCGAGCCCCUGAAGAUUACACACCAUCGUAUCAACAUCGACUUCAAGGAGGAUUAUGACAUUGACACAGCAUGGCAGCGUGGUAUCGCCAUCUUAUCGUCUGAGCCGAUGGUCCCCCGCACUGUGUGCUACCUAUGUAGCAGCACUGGUAAACAUGAGCUGAUCUAUUGCAAUGUGUGCUGCGAACCGUUUCACUCCUUCUGCCUGGAGGAGUUCGAGCGCCCUCUGGAGGGAGAGACGGAGAACUGGUGCUGUCGACGGUGCAAGUUCUGCCACGUCUGCGGCAGGCAAGACAAGCUUCUGACAUGCGACAAAUGCCACAGUAGUUACCAUCCGGAGUGCCUGGGGCCAAACUAUCCAACCAAGCCAUCUAAAAGGAGAAAGAUAUGGGUGUGCACAAAGUGCGUCAAGUGUAAAAGCUGCGGAGCCACCACCCCGGGUCAGGCACCCAACGCCCAGUGGUCGCAUGACUUCUCGCUGUGUCAAGACUGCGGUAAACUCUUUGACAGAGGGAAUUACUGUCCCAUCUGCAGCCAGUGCUACGAGGACGACGACUACGAGUCCAAGAUGAUGCAGUGUGCGGAGUGUGACCGCUGGGUGCACGCUAAGUGCGAGGGCCUGACAGACGACAUGUACCACAUCAUGACGGAUCUUCCUGAGAGUGUCCCCUACCACUGCGUCAAGUGUGAGCCCGUCCGGCCUGCCAAGUGGCAGGUGGAGUUGGAGGAGGAGAUGGAAGCGGGCUUCCAGAAUGUCCUGCGGGCCAUGUUCCACUGCCGCAGUGCCGCCCACCUGGUCAGUUCUGAGAAGAAGGUCAAGCACGGUCGGUCUGCCAACCGUUCAGCUUCCCCUGCGAGUUCCAGCGGAACAACCCGUGACCUCACUGCCUCCCCGGCCCUGAGUGACACGCUGUCAGCUGAUUCUCACUCCAGCCCCGCCGACUCCAGGAUAGACCUCUCCUCACGCCGGGUCUCGCCCCGAUUUCUCAAGGACCCAAAAGUUCUUACAGGAAAUCUGGUCCCAAGAGCUGGGGAGAAGACUGAUGUAACGUCGAAAACAGCUAGCUCAGUUGCCUUGGAGUCUUGUUCCCUUGGAGACGGACAGAAGGAAGAGGAUACAGUGGGUCUUUUGCCAGAUACCACUGGUACUGUUGCCAGGGAAACUGAGAUCAAAGAUGAAGUUAUCAUGGAAACACUGAGUAAUGAAUACAGCUCAACUGAUGAAGUUGGUACAGAGAAAAUGCUCUCUCCGGAGAGUUCUACCUCUGAACCUGAUCAGUCAUCCAGAGAGCAUUCUGAGGGUGGAACCUCUAUGGAUUUCUCACCAGUGAGAUCUUCCAACUCACAAACGGUCCAAAGUACUACAGUGGAUACAACCAGUCAUAAGGAAACGUCAUUGGAAACCAGGACUUCAGGGAAUGUGCAGUGCCUCCAAACUGGUCUACCGGUCCCACCAGACACUGACUGCCUGAAAACGGAAACACCUGUAGUGCCGACCAAAGAUUUUCAAGAAAAUGUGGAUGGGUCUCCCAAACAGGAUUUUCAAGAAAAUGUGGAUGGGUCUCCCAAACAAUCUAUACUUCCUGGGGAAAGUGUCACUGAAUGGAGUAGUCAAGACAAACAGGAUGAAGAUGAAGCACUGUCAAGACCUCUGUAUCCCACUUCUGCAACCAGUGACGAUUCCAAGCCAGUGGCUGCCUCUCCCAUUGUUGAGCUGAGCGAACAGUCUCCAGAUGUAAGAAUGCACUCUCCUGAAAGCCAUCCCAAGGAAGCAGUAGUUUCUGAACUGGUUUGCCAAAUGUUUCCAGAACAGGAAGAGCAAUGCAAAAAUGAGCAAAACGAAGAAAGAAUUGUUGCACUCGGUAGUUCAUGCAGAGAGGUUACCCAUGCUCAGGGAGAUGAAUCAAGGAAUGCAAGAGAUGCACAGAUUGAGCAGGGGCCCCAGAACAUGGAUAAUUCUGCCCACAGUGACAUUACCAGUGACUCUGCAGACCUUUCACAUGUCAGUGCAUCCAAUGCAAGGGACUCCCCAAAAAAGCAAAUCGUUCACCCUGCAGCUUGUGAUGUCACAAGUCAUGAUUCUCACCGGAUAUCUGAAAUUCAAACGAGCGACAACUCCCCCAACUCUCAAAGUGUAGUUGCCCCCUCAGAUAAUGUCUUAUCCAAAGAUGGGAUUAAACAUUUGGACGAAUCCAUUAGCUCAGAGGUGAGUCUUUUCAGAGGUGUGGUGGAGAAGCCGUCAACAGAGGCUGACAACCCAAAAGAUCUGAAAGCAGUGAGCAGGAGAGUGAAAAACAAACACUACAAGACUGUUGCCGAGUUUUGUGAUGACUGCGUGCGCAUCAUCCAGCAGGCGUUGUCUUCGGAGGGGGAGCAGUCGCUGAACCUCAAGCGCAACAAUCGCACCGCCUGCUCGGUUUUCCUCAAGCACAUGACCAAGAUGUUCCCCUGGUACAAAGUGGAGUCGUCCAGGUCCUGGGAGCAGAAUCAAAAGUUUCCCGAUGGUAUGCUGUCUCAGGCCGUCCUGCCUCCCCACAGUGACCACGAGUAUGCUCAGUGGAAGCACACCAACCACCCCUUACCCACAAUGCUUCAGCCAUCCCCCUUGAAGCGUCUCCCCUUCUCCCCGACAAGCCGGACGCCAGCCAGAAUCAUCGGAGGAAAUGCCCAAGUGACGCCAUUGGCCGAGCCAGAAACAGACGACACCAGGAGAUGCUGCUUGUGCGGUCGUUUCUCGGACGAGGACCCAAACGAUGGAGGCCGGCUACUGUACUGUGGGCAGGACGAGUGGAUCCACAUCAAUUGUGGGCUGUGGUCAGCGGAGGUCUUUGAGGAGAUGGACGGGUCACUCAUCAACGUCCACGCAGCCAUCUGGAGGGGCCGGCAGUUGCGCUGUGAGGGUUGCAACAAGUUUGGAGCCACUGUCGGCUGUUGCCAGCGGGGCUGCCCGGCCAACUACCACUUCAUGUGUGCCAGGGAGAAGAACUGCGUCUUUCAGGAGGACAAAAAGGUGUUCUGCAACACCCACAGGGACAAAGUGGACCGAGAGACCAUCCAAGAGGGUAACUUUGCUGUCCUCCGGCGUGUUUGCGUCAGCUUGGACAACAUGAAGCUCAACCGCAACUUCACCCAGGGUCUGGAGGUCAGCCGCAUCAACGUGAUGGUGGGAUCGCUGACCGUGGAUGACCUGGGGCGCCUAGGGCCGGCCUCGGACCAGCAGGACACGCUGUACCCGCUAGAGUUCAGGUGCCAGAGAGUUUAUUGGAGUACAUUUGAUGCAAGACGCCGCUGUGUCUACACCAUCCGCAUCUUUGAGUACAAAGCAGCUGCUACCCCAAAGUCUCCCCUCGAUGUCAACCACACCACAGCUCACAGCCCCGGAACCCUCAACAGGCGGAAGUCUCACCCUCACAUCACGGAGCUUGGUAGCGACAUGCCCAUCAUCCCCGAGAUGGACGAGGAUGGUGCUCAGAUUCUAGGACUUGAGAAGCCUGGGGUGGAGAUGAUGGACGGGGUCUUUGAGCUGUCCUUGGACAGCACUGGGCUGGAAUCCCUGUUGGAUCCCGAAACGAUGCUGCAGUGCGAGGCGGAGCUCCGAGAUGGGGGCGUGGACCCAGAAGCUGCCUUGUCUGCAGCCCUGGAGCAAGUGGAUGCUGAAAUUGCCAUGCAAAUGGGUGAGGCUGAGCUAGCCAUGCAAGACCGGUCCCAAGGGGCAGAACUAGAAGCAGCAGCCACUUGCUUAGAUGUUCCUGAUGAAGGUGUGGAUGCUUUGAGCAAGAGCUGUCCAACAUUUGAAGCUCAAGAGCUACCUGAAGCCUUCAAGACCUCCCCUGAGGAUAUCAGGCUUACCCAGUCCUUUCCAUCUCCCUCUGUCAGUCUAGCUAUGAACACCACCGGCCUGUCAGAGAAAACUCUGAAACACUUGCCACAGGGAGCUAUUACAAAUCAGAGAAUGACAAUUGCGGAUGUACAGAGAGAUGACUCUGAUCUCUCAGAUAACCUGAGUCGGAUGGUGAUGAGUUUGAAUUAUGCUGCCCAGUGUGGGAGAAUUGAGGAAGCCAGGAGAAGAUCUUCUCAGGACAGUGAAGCCUCAUCGAGUAUGUCUGAAACGAGAGCACUGGCAAUUAACCCACCUGAGCCUACAGCUCAGGCACCAUCAAGCGAGCAGGUUUCGUGUACUUCUUCAAAUUUUGCAAUACCAGUCAAUUCAGAGAGCCCCAGCUUGACCACAAAUCAGGGCAUUACCUGCAUUACUACCAUGAAUUCCCCGGAGGUGCCCUCAUCAGAGACAGCGGUACAUUGUACUCGAACAGAUGCUGGAUCUGAAGCAGAGAUGUCCAACAUGCCGUCACAGACACUCACUUCCAAAGGAUCUCUGGACUCAAACUGUCGCAGUCAUGACUUGGGAUCUGUCCUCGCCACCACCUCAGCUGAGGUUUCAGUUUCAGAUAGGCACGAGAAUGUGCCAACAUCUCACAUGCCUGCCAUCCCUCGGACAAGCAGCAGCUGUGGGAGCCUUGCUUCCCCAAUGCUCGAUACCCAAGCUGAACUUUGCUCGGAGAAGGUUUCAUCCGGGGACACUCCCACAAGAUCUAUAUUCAAAUUCAUCGACAGCCUGUUGACAGAGGGGGUUACCCAAAAGACCCUUGCACAUGACUUGCCUUCACCGUUAAUAUCCCAGAAGACAGAGAGCAGCCCUCCUGGAGGCCUUCCUCUAAGUACUGGUGAAGAGCAGGAGGAGACAACAGAGGAGAGUCUUUCCUCCAAAGCUUGUGGUGCUUCUAGAACAGUACAAGUGGGAAGUAAUGAGGGAGCUUGUUCCAAAGGUCCUGUGGAGCCUAAGCCAGCGGAUAAUAGUCAAAUUAACCAUCAAAAUGAAAGGUUACCAACAGUCACUAAAACUGGUAGUGGCAACACUCCUAGAGGUUGCUUAGUACUGGCAGGUUUUGAAUCAGACUCUCAGGACGGGUGCUCCAGUUCGCAAGAGAGCAUGGGUGCUUCGAAGAGUACACAAGAUACCUGCUCAGAUGAGGACACCGACCUGAGCCAGCACACGAGGGACAUCGUCGCAGAUGUAAUCGAGCUGGAAAGCCUGCGCGAAUAUUCGGCCAAGCGUGGAGACCUCUUGUCAGUCACAGAGGGGGAUGACGGCCAGCUGAAUGAGAGCGAAGUGGACUCCUCCGUAGGCACGCCUGGUGGCACUUCAAGCACUGUGGAACUGACACCGCAGCCUAUGCUGAAUAGACGAAGUCUAGGUUGCCACCUAGAAACUGGGAGAACUCUGUCAGAAAACAGAGAGUAUCAGAGUGCGCAUCCUGACGCAAAAGUGACUUUUGAUGCCAAGAGUGCAAUUCUCUCAGAAUUUGAAUUAGAAUCUAACAGAAUUCAUGCAGUGGGUUCUGCUGAAGCACAGUCAGAUGUCAUAGUCCAGUUUAAGUCCAGUCACCCAGCUCUAUACAUGGAGGACCCUAAGCCCUCAUUACUUAAUGUUAUUGAAGCUGUUGAAGCUACUCCUGGAAGAAGGGAUGAAUUAACCGACCUACAAUCCUCUUUUAAAAAGGAGCUAGACACCCUGGGGAUUCAGUCAAAUGUAAUUGAUGACUUGACUGUGGAUGCAGGAUCUACAUUAAGUGCAGCUGCUCUGGCACCUUCAGCACAUGCAUCCUAUGGAGGCUUGAAGAGCUCAUCAACAGAAGAUACAGCUGUCAGGAGCUCUACGCAGUGUGGAAAGCAAGAAGUGGACAGGUAUGGAGAAUCCCCAAGGACGGCAAGGCAAGUUUCUGUCACCGAUGAGGCUAGCUGCAGUAGCAGUCUCGGUGCAGAAAGCAUGGAAAUCGAUGCUGGUUUGCCAGCGUGCUUGUCAUCGGAAGGGGAGAGUGAAUCUUGCAAAGCUGAGAGGGAAUUCAAUGAACCGGAACACACUUGGACAGAUAGCAAGGUUUCUGCCAGUUCUGCGGAAUCUGGACAGGGUGGUCAGGGAGAGACCGUGAUGCAUGAGGAAUUACCUGCUACGCAAGAAGUGCUGAUUGACGAAGUUACUCAAGGCAAGUGCUCAGAUCAUAAGAGACACCUGGAUGCAGUUACACCCUCAGAAGGCGGCCCUGGGUCUGCAGGAGAGAUUCCAAAAGUUAGUGCAGAGGAAAUGGAAGAGCCACUUGCUAAGAGAAGGAAAAUAGAGGACCCAGAGGCUGAUGAGCCCCACAAGAUUUCCGAGUCAUCUUCGCAACAUAUUGCUCAAGCUGAAGUUAACUCUCAACCAGCUUGCUCCGACCAAGUUCUGGAUUUGAGUCUGCCACCACACCUCUGUCCUGAUCCUGAUGAAAAGAAUGAAGGCCCCAGGAGUUGUAGCCUUUCCAGCACAUCCAGCUUGACCUCUGCUCCCAGAGGUGGGUCCAUCAGCAGUCUCUCUGUGCAAUCCUGUGAAAAAGAGGCGGAGCAGAAUGCAACAACUGGAAGCACUGUGGGUCUCGAUAAAGAUGUAGCCGAAAUGGAAGUUGACAGGCCCUUGCAUUCACCCAAAAGUGUCUGUGGUGAGGGGAAUGUGCUGGAUAUGAGGCAGAUAACGACAGCGUCAAGUCAAAGAGUCAGUGAUGCGGUUGUAUCAGAAGUGUUGGCUGUCACGUUGGCACUGGAAAGUAGACCCGAGAAUCAGCCUUGCUGCACUGCAGAGGAGGCAGACGAUGAUGUUUUUCUUGAGAACAGUUACAGGGAUACAGAAAUGCAUACAAGUGAUCGUGGUGAACGCAUCUCAGGCGAAGAGCCUGUCAAGAUGGACAUGUCCCAAACGCUGCGAAAAGCAGUCGUUGUCCUCCAUGACAUCUACAAAGUGCAUAAUAACAGAGUGCGAAGUAUGUCCUGUGAUUUGUACUCAAGUCCUUCGAAAGAUUCUGAGAGGUCCAUGCCAACCACCCCAAUAUCUGACAGAAGCCUGUCUCUCAGUUCAGCUGCGUCCCUCCCAACAAAAGCCAGAUCACUACCAAAUACACCAUCGUUUUCACAAAGUUUGUCAAAAGAGUCAACUACUCUUGUCACAGGUGGAAGGCGUGAAAGGGGUGCGUCUGAAUCGGAAGUUACCCAUAUGUAUUCCAGAUCAGAGAAGGGUGAUGACCACGUGGUUUUUGAAUCUCACUGUACGGCAAACGAUAAUUUGCUAGAGGAAGAGCACCUGACAAAAUUAUCUGAGAAGCUCAACCAGAACAAAUUUCACGUCAGUGAAGGCACAGAGGAGAGAGAAGUGCCAGACAAAGGUGUCACAGAGCCAGCAGUGGAAUACAUCCUGGAUGAGAAAACUGGCAGUUUUGUUGCUGCUCCCAUCUUUCCCGACAGUAGUAAGGAUGAUUUUGCAGCUAGCCAAAUUCCUCUAGAACGAAAGAAGUAUCCGAUGAGAUCAACCUUCUCCCGUCUCACCCGCAUCGUUGAGAAGUCAGAAGAGAGAGUUCCUCGCCGCAAGAGGAACUCAAGCAGCGCCUCGUCCUCCAAAGAGAUGUCCUUAGAGGGCAUUUCAUGCAAGGACAAUGUUCAGCUGGAAGGUGAUGAGAGUGAGCCCACACUCGCAGGAACACCCCAGCUGCCAAUGAAAAGACGUCGGGGUCGGCCGCCUAAAAGUAAGACUCCAGUCUCAACCAGGAGAGAGGAGGACGAAGAAAGAGAUAUGGAUGCCUCUCAAAAUGGAGCCCAGGAAGAAAGCAACACAUCCUUUGGGCUAUCUCUGAAAAGUGCUCAGCGGCGGCUGCAGAUUUCCAUGAACGAAAAGGGAACCAAGGGAAAUGACAAGGGACACAAGGAAGGAGAUGAGUGUGAGACAGGGACGCGGAGUUUGAGGAGGAGAACUACGAGAGUCCUAUACUGUGAAAAUACCAGAACGCGAAUUACUGCCACCCUCAACAACAAGAUUACCACUGUUCCUGGUGAAAAAGAUGGGCAGAAACCUGAGGUAGAACCCAAAGAGAAUUCGCCAGCCAAUGCAGUACCUGCCAAGACAAAGGACAACAAGCAAACCACCGAAAGUGAGACGGCAGUAGGAAGGCAGAUGCCACGUGAUGAGCUGAAAGCAGAGAGCAAAGAUAAAGGCACUGAUUUGGAUGCAGUAAAACCUUCUGAGGAACUUAGGGUCUCGUCUGCAGAACCAGUCAAGCCUGUGAGGCGUUGGCCUCUUAAACGGGUCAUGGGGGACUUUGUGUCCAACGAGGCGCUGCUGGAUCUCUGGACAGGGCUUCAGCCAGAUUUAGGCCCCUUGAAGCAGAAAUCAAAGGAAAUAGAAGAACCAAAAGUAUCGGAGAGCUCAGUUGGGUCCAUCGUGCCCAAGAACCCCUCCGACAAAAAUAAGAAAGAUCCUGCAAAGGUUGUAGUCAGCACCAGUUUGGUUCCAAGAAGUGUUUCCCGCGUGGUUGUCUCAACAUCAUCGCCUGUGGUCACAGCUGGUUCAGCAGGCCUCUCGAUCAAUCGAAAUGACUACCUUAAGUGUCUCUUCCGCAGCAAUGCUAGCAGCCAGCUGCAGAGGGUCAAGCUGGCUACGAACCCACAGAACAAGACCGGAACCUCCGAGUGCAUGAUCACGAGUCGCCAGGUAAUCCUGCUGAAGCCCGGGGAGGUGCUGAAGAUGAAGAACACAGGAGAGAGAGGGCGUGGUCGAGGCCGGGGAAGGGGUAGGGGUAGGGGAAGUGUUGGGCAAGAGGUACACCAACAAGCAGAUGAAUCCCUCCAACCAUCCCAUCAAGACAAGCAGUCGUGCUGGACCAUGGAGACAAAUCGCAAAGUUGGAGAAAACUCAGUCGUUACUAACCCAGAGAGUGAUGGUCCCUCUGCCACCGAUGCCUUAGCAGAUGGACCAAAAAGGACCCCAGUUGAUGAUAAUGCUGCCCUUCAGAAAAAACUGUUUGAGAGGACCGCCGCAUCUCUGGGUUUUCAGAUAGGCCAGGCUAAGUCUGCCAAAAAAUCCAACGCGAGCAGUGAGCCAGUGAAAGCAGGCCCGAUGCCCCUCACAACCCAAAAUGUGUCCGGUGCCUUCACUACAAUCAAGACUUCGAGAGUCUCUACGGCAGUUUCUGUUGUGCCAAGCUUGUCAAGAGUUUCAACUGCCCAGAGCAUCUUGCGACCGUUUGGGGCAUCAGCUGGAACAGUUACUCCUAAGGUAACAUCCGUCCCGACAGUCUCCACCCCACGUGCCUCAGCCAGUCCUGACAACAUGUCCCUUACACAUGUGAGCGUGCCAUUGUCUCGGACUUGUACCAAAUCGGAAACCACUGGUUUCCUGCAAUCUCCUGUGUCGUCUCCUCCUGUAGUUACACUGGUGACCACAACGCAGGUGCUCAACUCAACCAGUCAGUGUCUGUAUGCUUGCCCUACUACAAGCGGCUCGUUCAACAACCAAGCAGAACAGGCACAGGAACCCUCCCCAGUCCGCCCUGCCUUGACCAGUGCAUACUCCACCCUGCUGCCCACUGUCCCCAACACCGGUACAUCUUCCGUUCAUCCGUUCUUGAGCCAGGUCAACACACCCAGAUCCAUCAAGACAUUGCCAAGCAUCCUCAGCCCUGUCCUAGGCUGCAACACCGUCAUCCCCGGGACAACCAGGUCCCCUUUCACACAGUUCAUGACCCACGCUCCUACACCUGUCGUUUCGGACAGGGCCUUGUUCGCUCCAGCAACAACCAUACUAGGUGACGGGAUGCUGCCACCUAUUCCAACCAGCCCUCUCCCGGUUUCAGUCUUGCCCUCCCAGGCGUCGCUGUCACUAGCAUCACCUCAGAAUGCCGUGGACCAGCUCUGGUCCAUCAUCCAGCAACAGGCUCAGCAAGCUCAGUGCUUGGGCAUGCAGCCCAUUAAGCAGCAGCAGCAGGAUGACCAGCUCCCCAUCCCUACCACCUCCGUCUUGCCCGAGGCUCCACCGACAUCCAUCCCUUCUGCUUCCUCCCCGAAUCCCUUGAAGAGGCCUGCCCCAGAGGAGCGGGACAAGAAGCUCGUCGGGGCAAAACGUCGGAAGAAUCCAGUCGAGACGCGGAUCUGGUUUGACGAGUUGGGCCAGCUGCAUGCAUGCGAAAGUUUAGCAGUGAGCUCGCCUCUGCAACAUCCUUCUUCCCAGGAGAGGCAACUGAAACCCUCCCGGCCGAGAGCUCGCAUCAAGAAUGCCUCAGGUCCGAGGAUGAAGAUGCCCACCUUUUCGGAAAACCAGGAUGAUAGCCCCUUGACCAAAGCAGAUGACACUGAAACAGCAUAUGGGAGUCUAGCAAGAGCCCAAGGCAACACAUCCAGGAGACCGACAAAGGUACCCGCCCGCAUCCCACCCAAAGCCCCCGCCCACCAAGUGGACCCCCAAACCUUCCAAGCCUCUGACGAGAACAAGGAGAAUCUGGUGGAUAGGGGUAGCGCCCCCCGGCCGGCCCCCGUCCAGGCCAAUGAGGGCUUCAAGCUGCUUUUCGAGGUCAAGAGCGACGAUGGGUUCGAGACCCGGGCGGAGACCAUGGAAGAGGCGUGGCGCCAGGUGGUGGAGAAGGUGCAGGAACGGCGUAACGACACCCGCUUGAAGAGCCUGUCAUUCGCUGGUGUGGAUUCCAUGAAGAUGCUCGGAAUCAAGCAUGAUGCCCUGGUCUUCCUCAUCGAGCAGCUCUUCGGCGCCAAGAACUGCAAGCGAUACCAAUUCAAGUUCCACCAGCGACAUGCUGAAGCGGCCACCGAAGAGGAGCCACCACUGAAUCCUCACGGCUGCGCCCGUGCCGAGCCCUUCCAGUCGCGUUCCCACCACGACAUCUUUGAUUUCCUGGCCUCACGCCACCGUCAUCCCCCUGAGCUGGAGGAGGACACGCAGGAGCAGGACGUGCAGCACAAGUCAGCCAAGCGAGCCACCAGUCUGGAUCUCCCCAUGGCGAUGCGAUUCAGACACCUCAAAGAGUCAGCCAGGGAGGCCGUAGGAGUCUAUAGGUCCAACAUUCACGGUCGGGGUCUGUUCUGUAAGCGACCCAUUGAGGCAGCCGAAAUGGUGAUUGAAUAUUCCGGUAAUGUCAUCCGCUCCAUCCUGACAGACAAGAGGGAGAAAUACUACGAAAGCAAGGGCAUUGGUUGCUACAUGUUCCGGAUCGAUGACUUUGAUGUCGUGGACGCAACAAUUCAUGGUAACGCAGCCCGGUUCAUCAACCACUCUUGCGAUCCCAACUGUUUCUCCCGGGUCAUCCAAGUGGACGGCAAGAAGCACAUCGUCAUCUUUGCCAGCCGCAAGAUCCACAAGGGGGAGGAACUGACCUACGACUACAAGUUCCCCAUCGAGGAUGUCAAGAUCCCCUGCAACUGCGGCGCACUGCGCUGCCGCAAGUACCUCAACUGAGAGGCCCGGAGAGCGGAAAGCAUCUGGUUCCCUGGCUACUUAGGCAAAGAGAGACGUGCUCUCACAGAGCACCCAGGUCUUGUACGACCACGGGAUCUUGAUCUAGUCCCAGGAAAAGCCAUACUGAGGAGUCAAGACUUUGUGAGGUGCGCCUGAAGGGAGAUAAACCUCUGUGGAGUCAGUAACAUCAAGAUUCCCCCCGCUAUUUCCCUGACCAAGGGAGAUGUGCAGCGAAGGAGGCAUGAACACGCACAUCAUGUAAACCUUCAAGAAUCUGAUCUGAAGAGCCCAUUGUGUCAAGAAUAUUAAGCUCCUCGGCAGCCGUUUCAUUUUUCGUCGUGUGAGGAACAUCUCAGAAUGACUCAAACCUGUUGUGGAAUUUGACACUCCCUGCUUCUUACAGUGCACCGUGGCUCUGCAGAUACUGGAAAGGAGAGAUACGCAGGUGCAAGGACCAGGAGCUCAGAACGUUAACAUCCCCUUGCAGUAUUUGGGGGCGCCUUCGGUGCCUGAUGUUUGCAAACUGCCAGAGGCACGCCUCUAUGCUGCUAGUAUUGUCAAGUCCCCUGGCAAGUUUGACACACUGCAGUGGUGCAAGUGAAACGAUCCGAGAGAUACGCGCACUGAGGAAGUCUGUAGGUUAAGGAAGCCAGAAGCACUGUGGCCACAUCGGAAUUACUUGGCUGCGGCUUGAAAUUACGUACAUCUCUAUGGGAAGUGGCUGCAGCCGCAGCCACAGGCGUGCGUAAUUUACAGGCUGCAGUGAAAAUAACCCAGACACAGCCCACAGUGCAUCACGCACCUGAGCUAUUAGAGAAGAUUUUUGUUUGGCAAUAACGGUGAAAGCUGUACAGUCUAUGAAGUGCAAAAUUCGAGGCAGCUGAUACAUAGGAAACUGUAAUAGAGAUGUAGAGUCAGUCCAAUACAGGGACAGAGUUUGGGAGGGCCAGUCAUAUUGGGAAGGAUCGGCUAUGUGUAGUGCAGGUGGAUCGGCUAUGUGUAGUGCAGGUGGAUCGGCUAUGUGUAGUGCAGGUGGAGAAAGUAAGGGAACAUUUCAUAAUUACAGAAGGCGAUAUUUACUGCGGUACCGCUGUUUUUUUGCGGUACCAGCAUUAAGCCCUUUCGGGUAACUAGUGCGGUGCCGCUAAAAAAACACAGCGGUACCGCAGUAAAUACCGCCUUCAACAAUGAUGAAACGCUCCCUAAAUUUGAAUACAGAGUCGGAGAAAGACUAUCAACUGUCCUACAGAAGCUUACACCACAGCACCCCCCCCCCAUCGCCUUGUGCCUUGUAUCUUAAGCUCCUUCAAACUGUUGAUUUAGUUGGCUAUUUCAAAUGCAACUAGCAUGAUAGAUCUCAAAGUGUUUUAUUGUUUGGGAAAUUGCAAAACAUUGUCGGCCUGUGUAAGUUAAUAGAAAAGGCUUUUUCACCACGGAGAAAGUUACUAGAUAUUGGUUGAGUGUGAAGCAAAGGAUUGCUUUGCCUGACCUCCAAAAAUAUCAGCAGGCAGGUUGAGUACUUUUUAAAUACUUACUAAUAUCUGGCGUGACUUUAACAUUGGACUCUGUUUUAAAGUACUUUCAAGAUUUACUUAUUGAUGGAGAAGCACGUGGAACCCAUCGAAGUUAAUGUGUUGUAGACAGUCGGGUGUCAUGUGGCAAGAGCGUGAUGGUGUGCCUGCCGCUGUUUUGUCCGGGCAGGGAACCAGACAAAGUAGGCUUCCAUCUGAAUACUUAUAUAGAGAACAAUAAUUUUACCUGUGGAAGGUUUUCCAAAUGAAAUUUACACAAAAGGGGAAAAAGUUCUUAGGUCAUGUCUUAAAUGUAAUGCAAGCUAGAAUUUACCAUGGACUCUAAAAUUUUCCCAGAAGUUUGCAAACUGUGUAUAUAUUUUUAAAAGGUUUUUACAUUACUAUGCAUAUAUUCUUUAUUCUUUGACACUUCUGGGCAUUUUACUGUUGGGAGAAAUUAGUCGUGAACGUGGAAUCCAUACAAAGGUAUGGUCACCUAGAUGAAAGGUUACAUGUCGGGUAAAACCAAAAGUUGACACAGACAGUAUUUGAAAGAGUGUUCCGUGUCAGAAAUGAUAUGGGGCUACAGAAUUAGGAACUUUUCUGGAAAGUUGCUUGGGAAAAGUGCUUGGAUCGAUGAUGAAAAAAACCCCAAAUUUUGUAACAGGAAAUUCUCUAGAGGAAAUUUGGUGGCUUGAAUUUAAAAAAACCAAAGAGGUUACAAAUCAGGAUAAAAAUCUGAAGACGGACCCCCUGCAAUAUUUUGCAAUUUCACAUCCGAAAAAUGAGUAGAAUCGUCGGAACAGAAGCUAAUUAGUGUUUGCAAUCUGUGCUUUGAUCUUCCAAUUAAUGAUUCUGUUCUUCAUUUUGAUUAUUUUGUUUUAAAUAUUUUUAAUUCUCAUUGAAAUUUCCAUUGUGUCUACACUUGCAAUUUUCCAGCGUUCGGUGUAUAAGUGUACAUUGUAAUCGUAUUCUUGAAGAUUUGCAUUAUCACUAUAAACAUAGUUGUAUUUAUUAUUUUCCUUAUUCGUAGUACUUUGUUAAAAUGAUUGAAGAGAUUAAAAUGAAAGAUGUUUCUUUUUUAUGCA